GAAAAAUAAAACUGUCCCUUCCUUCUAGUUCUCAGUUAUCAAUUUCUCACCAUCCUCGAAUUCGAAUAGCUCCCGAGAGCUUUGAAGUAAAAGCUUCGGUCUUUAAUUGGGUGGUGAUUGUUCGAUAAUGGAUCGAAUUGCGUCAGCGACCUUGUCUUGCCCUGCGAUUUCAGUGUCUCGCGUCUGUAGAAUCAACCCUUGUGGUUUAAACAUUAGUAAGAAGAGAUUUUCGUGUCGAGUAGCUGUAGCUUCUGGAGAGACGACGGCUAGGGUCGUCGACACUGAACUUGACUUAGAACACAAGAAACACGAUCUACUGAGAGCUGUUCAAGACACUCAACGAGGACUCACCGCCACCUCUGAUCAACGUUCUGUCAUCGAGGAGGCUCUGGUGACUGUUGAAGGGUAUAAUGGCGGUGAAGCCAUUGAUCUUGUGAAGUUAGAUGGAACAUGGAGGCUACAAUAUACAUCUGCACCUGAUGUUGUUGUUCUCUUUGAAGCUGCUUUAAGACUUCCCUUUUUUCAAGUGGGGCAGGUCUACCAGAAGUUCGAGUGCAAAGAUCAAUCAGACGGUGGGAUCAUUCGGAAUGUUGUUCAGUGGAGUCUUCCAAGCUUGUUGGAGGACCAAGAAGGUGCAACACUUGUUGUUACUGCAAAAUUCGACAAGGUCUCUAGUCGAAACAUCUACCUUCAAUUUGAAGAGAUAAGUGUUAGAAACAUUAACAUCAAUGAGCAGCUUCAAGCUCUAAUCGCACCUGCAAUACUUCCGCGCUCAUUUCUAAGCCUACAGAUUUUGCAGUUUAUCCGUACUUUCAAAGCUCAGAUCCCAGUCACCGCGACCAGCCCAGGAAGGAGAUCUGUUGGUGGGUUGUAUUACCUGUCGUAUCUCGAUAAUAACAUGCUCUUGGGUCGUUCUGUAGGAGGAGGAGGAGUAUUUGUCUUUACAAAAUCUCAACCCCUUGAGCUGUGAACAAUAAUAAAAUUUCUGUAAUGCUUUUUUAACUGUAUAUCAUAGGGAGAAGAACAUUAUGUCAGAAGUUUCUGUUUAUGUACAACCUAUUUGGGAUUUACUGAAGAUCUAUAUAGCAAAAUUGUUUC